AUGCGCGCGAGGCUGUGUAGGCGUAGCCUCGAGAGUGCCAGCAGCCAAUCCGAGGCGACGCGCAUUGCGCCAAGCGUGCACACGAUGGAAGGACACCUUCCUACUGGCCGUACGCUCAGGCUGUCGCAAGGCGUGAUAGCAUGGCCGCAAGCGAGCUACGAGCGGCAGACAAAGACAAUCAAACGGCAGGUCAAGUACAUCGCCGAGCUGCAGGCGCAGGUUCAGGCCUCCACCACCGAGCUCGAGGAGGCGUUGGCCGCAGCCUCCCUCGCCGCCAGCAAGGCGGCCGCCGCGGCCGACGGAGCGGCGGUCGACAGCGUGCGCCGGCGGCAGGCGCUGAUGAAGCCAUCGAUCGACGUGCCCUUUUCGGUGGAGGCGACCGAGGGGGCGCCGGGGCAGACCACCAAGCUCAAGGAGCCCGUCCCCGGCGGGCCCGGCUACCAGGCCCCUCUCGAGUUUGGCGCCGAGACGCCGCUGCCCGGCCGCGAGAAGGAGUAUGCAGACUACAAGGCAUCGAGGGGCCGAAGCGCGGCGUGA